CAGGGGAGUUUAGUUUAGAGUUAGAUCAGGUGGUCGAGGGUAUAUACGUAUAUAACAUCACACAUAUGUGAACCUUUUUGGUAGUUUUGACUUGACCAAAUUAGUAUUUUUACUUUUUACUUUUUAAAGUAAAAAAGUUUUUUUAAAGUAAAGGCUUCUGUAAAGAAUGAGCACAAGGAACUAUGUGUUUAGCUUUUUCCCGAGGGACCUUUAAUGGAAAGUCAGCUGUUUACCAGCGUUUACUUGUCUCGCAGGCGCACACAAACACACAUCAAACUAAAAGAUUUAUACAAGACUUCAUUUGCUCAUGCUAGAAUUAACCGCAGUAAAUCUCCACUUGUGGAUUUGGGGGCUAGAGAAGUGGCCAAAAAGAUCAUCGGAGCAGAUCAGCGUCGGGUCGGCGCACAGGAAGGAAGGCUCAACUAAUUGAAGCGCUGGGGAUAGACCAGUUAAUCCAAUGAGAUACUGGCUCUGCAUGCGUCACCUUAUCUGCUAGCUCCAACACUGACACCGUAGCUAUCCAGAAAACAAUGUCUGACAAACUCAUCAAUAUGGAAGAGACUGCAACCCACACAGGUCCAAAAGGAGUCAUUAAUGACUGGAGGAGGUUUAAGCUGGAAAGUAUGGAGCAGGAAAACCUGCCUGCCGCAAAAAAGGAACUCCUAAGACAGAUGUCGUCCCCUAACAAGCCGAAAGACGACUCCAGAGCAAACCUGAACCGCAAGAUGAGUGUCCAAGAGUAUGAGCUGCUGAAGGAGGAGGAUGAGGGAUGUCUAAAGAAGUACAGGCGGCAGUGCAUGCAGGAGAUGCACGACAAGCUCAGCUUCGGGCCCAAGUUUGAAGGCGUGCACGACCUGGACAGUGGAGAGGCCUUCCUGGAGGUCAUCGAGAAGGAGCAUCACACCACGGUGGUGGUGGUUCACAUCUACAACGUCGGGGUCAAAGGUUGCGAGCAGCUCAACAGCUGUCUGGACUGCCUAGCCGCCGAGUACCCCACCGUUAAGUUCUGCAGGAUUGACGCAGUGGCGUCCGGCGCCGCCGAGCGCUUCUCGGACGACGUUUUGCCCACGCUGCUGGUCUACAAAGCCGGAGAACUAAUAGGAAACUUCCUGGCCUGCACGCAGCACCUCAACGAAGAGUUCUUUGCUACUGACGUGGAGGCUUUCCUCAAUAGCUACGGCCUGUUGCCGGAGAAGGAGCUGCUCUUGGAUGAUGAAGAAGAAAACGACGUAGAGUAAAUAAAUAAUAAUGUUUGACUUUGGACUUAUUUUUUGGGGCGUAAUAGAAAAAAAAACAUAACAUCACCACUAGCUCAAUAGUGUUUGAAGGAAAACCCCAGUUGACAUCUGUGUUCAGGUGCUCACAGGUAAACACAUGCCAAAACUAAAAUAUGAGCUAAAUACAUCAGAUUCAAAAGGUCAAAGCCAUCUGGUUGUGGAAAUGUUUGUGUAAACACAUCUUGUGGAUGUAUGGCCUACCACUACCUACCGGCGCUACUCAAGCCGGUGUGGGAGGACCAAACAGUCUAGUAUUUUCACCGUAACCAGUAAAAUGUUGACAGAGACUAUUUAUUUCUGUUCUGUCUAAUGUAAAAGUGGGACGUUGUGGUUUUAAACAAAGUGAUGUGACUCAGCUAAAAGGCACUUGAGUCAGUCAUCUCUGUCGGAUUUACUAAAACUCUGCUUAUGACUAUGAACAGUUUACAGGAAUAUGAUGAAACAUAUCCUAGUAUACAUGUAUCUCAUAAUAAAUAAAAUAAAAUUGUAUAAAA